UCGGUCAGUCAGUCAGUCUAUAACCAUCAGAGCUAGCAUACCUAAGAUUAAUAGGAUACCUAAGUCCAUUGCAUUGAUACUGUUUAUUGUGAAAUUUUAUAAAAGGUUUAAUAAAUAAAUCAUGGCAAACGUACCUUUAGUUGAGUUUAAUAAUGGAAGAAAGUGCCCAAUUAUUGGACUGGGAACUUGGAAAUCGAAGCCAGGGGAAGUGGCUCAGGCAGUGAAGGACGCCAUCGACUGCGGGUAUCGCCACAUUGACUGCGCACAUAUCUAUGGCAACGAGAAAGAGGUCGGCGAAGCGUUGACAGCCAAGUUUCUUGAAGGAGUUAUUAAGAGGGAAGACAUCUUCAUCACAUCGAAGCUAUGGUGUACCUUCCAUCGACCAGACCUGGUGGAGGGGGCGCUGAAGACAACUCUUCAGAACCUUGGCUUGGAGUACCUGGAUCUCUACCUUAUCCACUGGCCUCAAGCUUACCAGGAAGGUGGAGAGCUGUUCCCAGUAGACGCCGCUGGUAAAACGAUUCCUUCACCAGUGGACAUCCAGGACACGUGGAAGGCUAUGGAGGUCCUGGUGGACCAGGGGCUGGUGAGGAGCAUCGGCAUAUCCAACUUUAACAAGAAGCAGGUCGACAGGAUCGUGCAGGCUGCCAGGAUCAAACCUGCUGUCAACCAGAUAGAAGUUCACCCCUACCUGAACCAGCACAAGUUAAUCGAGCACUGCAGGUCCCUCGGCAUCACCAUCACCGCGUAUUCCCCGCUCGGGUCCCCAGACAGGCCCUGGGCCAAGCCGGGUGACCCGCACCUCCUUGAGGACCCCAGGCUCAAGUCCAUCGCCGACCGGUACAGCAAGAGCGUCGCACAGGUCCUCAUCAGGUACGCCAUCGACCGCGGUCUCAUCGUGAUCCCCAAGUCGGUGACGAGGAGCAGGAUCCAGCAGAACUUCAACGUGUUCGACUUCCAGCUGUCUCCGGAAGAUAUCCAGCUGUUGGCCAGCUUGGAGUGCAAUGGACGACUGUGUAGCAUGGGAGACGUCCACCAUCCAGACUAUCCGUUCCAUGAUGAAUAUUAAAUAAACAAAUUAAGUUUAA